GAAAUUUUAAAAGCGGUUGGAGAGGAUCAGUCGCGGUUUAGAGCGUUAGGUCCGCUUGUUUUUCUUUAACGUUAACGUUAUCAGUUUCAAGUAUCGUCAGUAACUAAAGUCUGCUGGUUUUUAUAUCAGUAAAGCCUUUUUUUGUUUGGGUUGUAGUUGUAUUCGUUUUACCUUCUUUGUUACUUUUUCGGUAGAGAUAAACAUUCGGAAUGGCUGCAACGGAGGGACCUCUGAAGAGUUUGUUUGAGAACAAGGCUCUCAGUAAAGCUAAGAAGGAUGAUAAGCGUUUGUCGGUGGAGCGGAUCUAUCAGAAGAAGACCCAGCUGGAGCACAUUCUGCUCCGGCCUGAUACUUACAUCGGCUCCGUGGAGCCGGUCACUCAGCAAAUGUGGGUGUUUGAUGAUGAUGUCGGGAUGAACUGCAGAGACGUCACGUUUGUGCCAGGACUCUAUAAGAUCUUUGAUGAGAUUCUGGUAAAUGCUGCUGAUAACAAACAGAGAGACAAGACCAUGAACUGCAUCAAAGUCAACAUUGACUCAGAAAACAACACCAUCAGCGUGUGGAACAACGGGAAGGGUAUUCCUGUGGUCGAGCACAAAGUGGAAAAGGUCUAUGUGCCCGCUCUGAUCUUCGGCCAACUCCUGACCUCCAGUAACUAUGAUGAUGACCAGAAGAAGGUCACAGGUGGUCGUAAUGGAUACGGUGCGAAGCUGUGUAACAUCUUCAGCACAAAGUUCACCGUAGAGACGGCCUGCCGAGAGUCAAAGCAAUGUUUUAAACAGACAUGGUUUGAUAACAUGGGCCGAGCAGGGGAGUGUAAAAUCAAACCCUUUGAUGGUGACGACUACACCUGCAUCACGUUUCAGCCUGACCUGACUAAGUUUAAGAUGCAGGCUUUAGACAAGGAUACAGUGGCACUGCUGACCAGACGAGCAUAUGACAUCGCUGGCUCCUCAAAGGGAGUUCGAGUCUUUCUUAAUGGAAAGAAGCUGCCGAUUUCUGGUUUCCGCAGCUAUGUCGAUCUGUAUGUAAAGGAUAAAGUGGAUGAGACCGGUUGUCCUCUGAAAAUAGUACACGAGGGUGUGAAUGAGCGUUGGGAGGUGUGCCUUACACUUAGUGAUAAAGGAUUCCAACAAGUCAGUUUCGUCAACAGCAUCGCCACAACCAAGGGUGGCAGGCACAUAGAUUAUGUUGCCGACCAGAUUGUGUCCAAGCUGAUUGAGGUGGUGAAGAAAAAGAAUAAGGCUGGAGUUACCGUCAAACCUUUUCAGGUGAAAAACCACAUGUGGCUGUUUGUGAACUGUCUGAUUGAGAAUCCCAGCUUUGACUCUCAAACCAAAGAGAACAUGACCCUACAGCAGAAGAGCUUCGGAUCCACCUGCUCUCUGACUAGCCAGUUUAUUAAACAGGCUAAUAGCUGUGGCAUUGUGGAGAGCAUUAUGAACUGGGUGAAGUUUAAAGCCCAGACUCAACUCAACAAGAAGUGCUCUGCUGUCAAGCACACAAAGAUUAAGGGUGUGCCAAAACUGGAUGACGCCAACGACGCGGGUGGGAAGAAUUCCUCUGGCUGCACGCUGAUCCUUACUGAAGGAGACUCGGCCAAAACUCUGGCCGUGUCCGGUCUGGGUGUGGUAGGACGGGAUCGCUACGGGGUCUUCCCUCUGCGGGGUAAAAUCCUCAACGUUCGGGAGGCAACACACAAACAGAUUAUGGAGAAUGCUGAGAUCAAUAACAUCAUAAAGAUCGUGGGUCUGCAGUACAGGAAGAACUACAGUGACCCAGAGUCUCUCAAGACUCUGCGUUAUGGCAAACUUAUGAUAAUGACAGAUCAGGAUCAGGAUGGGUCUCACAUUAAAGGUCUGCUCAUCAAUUUCAUCCAUCAUAACUGGCCCUCACUGCUGCACCACAACUUCCUGGAGGAGUUCAUUACCCCCAUCAUCAAGGCGUCCAAUAAGAAGCAGGAACUUUCUUUCUACAGUAUCCCAGAAUUCACAGAGUGGAAGGAGAAGCAGAGUAACAUCAAAUCCUGGAAGAUCAAAUACUACAAAGGUUUGGGUACCAGCACAUCUAAGGAGGCCAAAGAGUAUUUUUCGGAUAUGGCGAGACAUCGAAUUCCCUUUAAGUACUCCGGGCCUGCCGACGAUGAAGCUAUCACCCUUGCCUUUAGUAAGAAGAAGGUGGAUGAGAGAAAGGAGUGGCUGACAAGCUUUAUGAUCAACAGACGACAACGCAGAGAACACAACCUGCCUGAGGAGUAUCUGUAUGGACAGCAGACCAAGUCACUCAGCUAUCACGAUUUCAUCAAUAAAGAACUUGUGCAGUUCUCCAACUCUGACAAUGAGAGGUCCAUCCCCUGCCUAGUGGACGGACUGAAGCCGGGACAGAGGAAGGUUAUGUUUAGCUGUUUUAAGAGGAACGAUAAGAGAGAAGUGAAGGUCGCUCAGUUGGCUGGUUCAGUAGCUGAGAUGUCAGCGUACCAUCACGGCGAGAGCUCUCUCAUGAUGACCAUCAUUGGACUUGCCCAAAACUUUGUGGGCAGUAAUAACCUGAACUUGCUCCAACCUCAGGGUCAGUUUGGCACACGUCUGCAUGGAGGCAAAGACUCGGCCAGUCCCAGAUACAUCUUCACCAUGCUCAGUCCAUUGGCUCGUCUGCUGUUCCCUCCGGUGGAUGAUAACCUGCUCAAGUACAACUAUGAUGAUAAUCUGCGUGUGGAGCCUGAGUGGUACAUUCCCAUCAUCCCCCUGGUGCUGGCCAAUGGAGGCGAAGGCAUCGGCACAGGAUGGGCCAGCCGCAUCCCCAACUACGACGUUCGUGAGAUCAUCAAUAAUAUCCACCGCCUGCUCAAUGGAGAAGAUCCUCUUCCCAUGCUGCCCAGUUACAAGGGUUUCAAAGGCUCAAUUGAAGAACUGACCAAGAAUCAGUAUGUGAAUAAUGGAGAGGUGGCUAUCAUCGACUCAACCACCAUUGAGAUCACAGAGCUGCCUGUCAAAACUUGGACUCAGACCUAUAAGGAGAAUGUGCUGGAGGUGAUGGUGAACGGCACAGAGAAGGUUCCUGCUCUGAUCACAGAUUAUAAAGAGUAUCACACGGACACCACCGUACGAUUCGUCGUCAAGAUGACUGAAGACCGGCUGAGAGAGGCAGAGGCCGCUGGACUACACAAAGUCUUCAAACUACAGAACCUUCUCACCUGUAACUCCAUGGUGUUGUUCGAUCACGUGGGGAGUCUGAAGAAGUACGAUUCAGUUCAGGAGAUCCUGAAAGACUUCUUUGAGCUCAGGAUGAAGUAUUACGUCCUCAGGAAGGACUGGCUGCUGGGAAUGCUGGGAGCCGAGAGUGCUAGACUCUCCAACCAGGCCAGAUUCAUUCUUGAGAAGAUCCAGGGAACGCUGGUCAUUGAAAAUAAACCCAAGAAGGAGCUGAUUCGUAUGCUCCAGGAGAUGGGUUAUGACUCUGACCCUGUCAAAGCUUGGAAAGAAGCUCAGGAGAAGGAUGCAGAGGUGGACGCCGGAGAGGAUGAGGAGGAGAAAGAAGAGGACACUUCUGGUCCUGAUUAUAACUAUCUGCUCAGCAUGCCCAUGUGGUUCCUGACCAAGGAGAAGAAAGAUGAGCUGUGCAAACAGAGAGAUGCUAAGAUGACAGAGUUGAACACUCUGAAGAGGAAGGAGCCAGCUGAUCUUUGGAAAGCGGAUCUGGCAGCAUUUACUGAAGAACUGGAGCGUUUGGAGCAGAAGGAGAUUGAAUCUCAGAAUGCGGUGCCUCAGGUGAAGGGGAAAGUGGGCAAAUCAAAGCCGGUGAAAGUGAAGACUGAGACGAUGCCCACCCCGCAGGGCCGCCGUGUUAUCCCUCGCAUCACCAGCACAAUGAAGGACCAGGCUGCCAAGAAGGAGGGAGCCAAACGUGGCAAAACUGUAAAGAAGGCGGAUGUGGUAAUGAAGAUGGAGUUUGAUGAGGAUGCAGAUGCUGCAGCUGAUGGCUCUGAUGUGGGACUGGCUGCAAGACUCACCAAGAAGAUCAAGAAAGAGCCGGUCAAAGACAAGGGCUCAAAGACAGGCAAGCAGACCACCCUCAACUUUAAACCAAUGCAGAAGAAGAAGAAAAAUGCCUUUUCAGAUGAUGAUGAUGAAGACGAAGAUGAGGAGUCAGUCUCUGAUAUGGAAGUCAUAGCUGAAGAAGUGGCUCCAAGAGAUAAGAGACAACGUAAAGCCGCGGUUGAAAAGAAGUACAGUCUGUCAAGCAGUGAAGAUGAGUUUGAUGACUGGGUGACGAGCAGUAAACCAAAGCGUGCAACCAUUGAUGAUGAUGACGACGACGACGAGUCCUUCAAUCCAGAGCCCGAAGCUCAAGACAGUGAUAUUGACUCCCCUCAACCCAAACCCACGAAAAAAGCACCAGUAAAGGCCAGUAAACCAAAGACUGAGAAAAAGGAAGCUGAAAGCAAGCCCAGCUCUUAUCCUGAGGUCAGCCAAGAGACGGUCACUAAACCUCCAGCAAAAGCUGAAGGGAAGACGGUAAAAAAAGCGGCCGAAGGAGCCGCCAAGAAACCUGCCGCAAAGAAGACGAGUGCUGCUCCAAAGAAGAAAGCUGCAGACUCCAAACAGCCUUCAAUCCUUGAUGCUCUUUCCAAGACGAGUCCUAAAAAAACAAAAGCCGUCAAGAAGCCUACAGCUGUUAAAGUGACCUCCAGUGAUUCGGACGAUUCCAGCCCUGCUGUCGUUCAGAAGAAACCCGCCCAGAAAAGAAAGACCGCUCUGAGCAGCGACGACUCCGAUAGCGAUUUGGACAGCGGCAAUCUCAUGGCUCGCCUUAAGGGCAAAACUACUGCUGGAAAGAAAGCAAAGAGUUGGGACGAUGACGACAGCUUUGAGCUGGACGAGAAGGUCACGACAUCAUCUGCCGCUCCUCGGAGCCGAGCUGCACGUCCAACCAAACCAGUGACCUACACGCUGGACUCAGACUCUGAUGAAGAUUAUUGAUACGUUAUGUUGUAAAUGUUCACGUCUGAUAGUUCAAACUGUUAUAGUCCCGUUUUACUUUUAGAAACUAAUGACUGGCCACUUGUGAGUUUCUUGUUUAACAUUUUGAUAACAGUUGCUUAUUGACAUGUUUAUUAUUGGAUUUUAUAAGUGUUGUGUUGUCCUGUAAAUAUUUUCUAUGUUCUAAGUUUGUAAUAAAUCUUUUUGAGAUCAA